GAACCGCUGAGUUCUCUAUAAGGAAGUUAGUCACAAUUUCAUAAGUUGUGUACAUCUUUAGUAUCAAAUUUUUCAGUCUCUGUAUAGCAUCUCAAUGGAUAGGUUGCGAUGCUUGGUUCUUCUUUGUCUUUUCUCAAUAGCCAAAGCUCAGCCAUUUUACAUAAUUGCACCAAAUUCUUUAAGAGUGGAUUCAGAUGAAGUAAUAGGAAUUGCUAUAGAUGGUGACAGAGGAGCUUUGGUCAAUAUUUACAUCCAAGAUCACCCAGGAAAAAUAAAAAACAUAACACAGAAACAGAUAGAUGUUAGGCCAGGACAUCCAAGCACAUUUAAAAUUCACCUGAAUCCAAGAGAUUUUCCACCAUCAUUUUUGAGAGAUACACAUUCUGAGAAUAUAGUCUCUCUAACUGCUCACUGUGAAUUGUUUCACAAAGAAAUUCUGCUGCCUGUAAACUUUAAUGGAGGAUAUGUUUUUAUUCAAACGGAUAAACCUAUUUACACUCCAAGAGACAGAGCACAUUUUCGAAUUAUAUCUCUUGGUGAAAAUGUAUUACCAUCUGACAAACCAUUUGUACUCCAGAUUAAGAAUCCUCAAAAUAUUGUUGUUGAAGAAACAACAUUUAAUAAAAAAGCUGGAACUGCUUUUUUUAGUCAUAAGUAUAAUUUUCCAACUUAUGCUAUAAAUGGGGAGUGGUCAGCCACUGUGAAAUAUGGGCAUGAGCUGGGUGAAAACACAACUGUACGCUUUAUAUUGCGAGAGUAUGUGUUGCCAACAUUUACUGUUGAACUUAAAACCCAAGAUGUAAUUCUUGAAACAGCUGAAUUCAUCACUGUUUCUGUGAAUGCAAA